AUGGAUCCUCUGGAAUGCGCCCUAGCAUCCAGCCCCUUUUAUCGCAAUCGCAUGGGGAUUACCCAGACACACUCUGACUCUGGCUACCGCCUGUAUAACUUGCUUUCUCCCUCCCUUCAUGCCUUGGCCACGCCCCCGGAUUCCGGCAGUGUAUACGGCUCGCGAGCGUCAUCCUUCAGUGCCGCUCGUACUCCCUCUCAUGCCCUCGCCUACGAUCCUUUGGACCAGUUCCCGAAUAUGUUUGCUACUCCAUCCUUGGACGAACGGCAAUGGAAAACCCCGCAGGAGCCAGACACCGAUCCUGUCAUCCGCAAAUCUCAAGGAUCUUUUGGUAUAAGUCAAGAGGACAGCCCUAUCGUGGAUAAGGCAACCGCUAUCGCGUCGCUGGAGGCCAUAGAUCCGUUCAAGGCUGUCCGAAACCCCUCUCCUAGGAACGCUGGAUCCAAGACCACAACGUCCUUCGUCGAAAGGCUACGCACAAGGACUUCCGCUGGCUCACGGACAGCGCCCUUGGAGUGGUCUUCGUCCCCGAGCUCUGUACACUCCGACUUCUCCUCCGACGCCAGGUUGCCUGAUUCAUCACCGAGGUUCAGGUUCAAUCGUUCUGCGCCGUCUCCGCCGCCUGGAUAUUACGAUGACUCCGACUCCGACGUCAACCCCUUCGACGACAGUCCUAGUGCAAAGCUGCGGCGUCCCCCUCUCCGAAGCGACUCACCUGGAACAAGGUCCUCAUCCUCAAGAUCAUCGUUCUCCUCUGCUGAUGAUGACGACUAUGACUACGACUCGGAUUCAGAUUUUGACUGCUCACCAGCUUCCUCAUCCUCCCCUCAGAUUCCUGGUGCCCACAUACUUCCCGAACUGGUUUCGUCUCCUGCCUCUAUGUAUACUCGAUCAUCGGGUAAAGCUCCGUUCCCUGAGUCAUUUGAACGCCAUCCUGCCUCUGUCCAGCUCUGCAGGAUGCCGAUUAACCCGGCCGCACCUCUGACUUCUGACACCACUUACUCCCACUGCGAUCGCACUCUGGAGGAUCUUGAACUGCAGGCUUCUCGCUAUCUGACUCGAGCUAGACUCCGUGCUACCAUAGCCAAGAUUGAAGACCACCCUGCCCCGACAAGCCAUGGCGCCGGCUCGCCACGAGGCCGAAAGCUCACUAAUCGCCCUGUCAGAUCCAAAGUUGCUCCAACCCCUCAAGACGAUUUGUCGCAGAUCAUGCUGGCCAUUCCUACGAGAAAACGCAAGCCCGCGGAUCAGGCGCUCCCUUCCCGCAAGAGGACCCGCUGCGCUCGUCAUGCUGUAGCCAAGGUGGAAGCCACCUACUCACCCCCGGGAUCGCCUGCGAUGGUCCUGGAAUCGGAAGACACCCUCGUCGUGCACUCGAGUGACACCGUGUUCGAUCUGCCUCCGUCCUCUCCCACAGAAUCUGUCGAUGUCGAAUAUGAGUCGAAACACCCGAAGACAGCUCCGAAGUCCCCAUUGUCUUCCCUGUCUUCAUUGUCCGGCUUGACCAACUCGGACGAAUACCACCACGAAGAUGGCGAUGAUACCAACCUUCAGGGGACGCGGAUAUUUCCUAGCCAUAUCCCGAUUCGCUCGGACUACCCGUUGUGGUAUCGACGCUUCCCUGUGAGCUCAUUCUACCCGGACGAAGACGGAAGGUUGACUAGAGUCUUGCGUGAAGGCACGUUCAAUCCGCCCAAGAUCAACGGUCGCUUGGACCUGUAUACGCCGCGCUUCGUGAAAGGAAUCGGACGAGAGAAGGUGGGGCUUUGCCCGAUCUGCAUCGAGAGCCGGCGCAGAGGAGGCGAAGGGCGCCAGGACUGGCUGAGCAUGAAGUUUAGCGCGUACAACUAUCACCUCCUUUACGCUCACGGUAUUUCCGCCGCCACCGCUACGCCGUUCUCGCCUCCUGUGGAGUUCCGUAUGGCCAAGCGUCCCAAGGCUAACCCUGCCAAGAAAGAGAAGCCCGUUAUCGAGGAGGGGAAAUGUCACAAGUGCCAUGCCUGGGUCGCGGUGGAGAGCGUGAAGGACAUCGAGCCCAAAGUGCCUGAACUGUUUUGGUGGAAGCACGCGGCCGCGUGCCAUCAAGCCUCGAGGAUCCCUGGAGAGGGCGGCGUUUAUGUUGAAGACGAGGUGUUUCGGAUGGUCACUGCUCUGGAGCGGGACGCUUGA